GCAAAAGUGGGCGCCCUCACCGCAGCAACACCAGCAGCAGCAGGCGACUGUUGCAUUUCUUGUUUGUGUGUGGAAAUUGUUUAUUUAUUGCAACAAAUAGGAGGAUAUAAAAAAUGGAAUUCGAUAGUCCUGAAGAGAAGGAGUUCCCGGGGCUGUAUGCCGCCGAGGCAGCCGAUUCCAAGUCCAAGAAGAGCAAGGAGGAGAGCGAUUUCGACGAGGACCAUGAGCACAACAAAAUGGACCUGCUUAUAGGCAAGCGAAAGGACAAGAAAGAUAAAGGCAAGGAUCGUGGCUAUGCAGCGCUCGAGGGCGAGAGUUCGCCCGAAGAAGAACUGGAAACAAAGAGUCCCUCGAAAUCAAAGAAAUCGAAAACAUUCAAGUUCGUCAGCUCAAAGAGCAAGGAAAAGCGUGAAAAGUCGCGCGACAAGGAAAAGUCCGUGGAGGAGCCGGCGCACAAGGCGAAGGACACGGAUAAGGACAAAGACAAGGAGCGAGAGCGUCACGAUGAGAAGGAGCUCAAGAAAAAGGACAAGAAGAAAGACAAAAAGGACAAGAAGAACAAGCAACUGUCGCAGCAGCAGGACGAGGACGCCGAGGAGGAAGAGCUGGCCAUGGGCUAUCCGGUGUUCGGAGUAUCCGUCAGCCUGGCCACCGAGAGAUCGCGCUGCCACGACGGCAUUGAUCUGCCGAUGGUAGUGCGGGACUGCAUCGACUACUUGCAGGAGCAGACCCGAAACUUUGUCAUCUACAAGGUGGAGCCCAUCAAGGCGGAGCUCCUCAACUUGAAGCGACUCUACAACAACCGAGAGCACGAUGCUGCGUUGGCUCUAUUCAAUGUGCCAUUGGCCUGCAGUCUCCUGAAGCUGUUUCUCCGCGAUCUGCCGGAGCCCAUGCUGACCACCGAUCUGAUGUACGACUUUGAGGACGUUGCCAGAAAUCGAAAGGGCAAGGAGCAGCGGAUUGGACUGCAGCAGCUGAUGGAGCAGGUGCCCAAGUGCAAUCGAACGCUGGUCGGUUGGGUGCUGCUCCACUUGUAUGCGGUGACCGACCAGGAAAGGUACAACAAACUGAACCACGAGUCGAUUGCCGUGCUACUGAGCCCAACGCUCCAGAUGUCGGCGCAACUGAUGGUGGCGCUGCUCCGUCACUGUCGCACGCUCUUUGCGGACAUUCAGCUGAUACCAUAUGUACCGCCACUCACGGCUGCUUCCAAGCUGCCUGAAUACCCGGAGGACAUACAAACGGAGUUGCGGAAGCAGGACAGUCUUCUGACCCAAAUACACAGCGAAAUGAAUGCGGGCUUCAUCACCAAGCAGCGCGAGGAGCAGCUCUGGGAGGUGCAGCGCAUCAUCACCCAGUUGAAGCGAAAAUUGCGCAGCUUCGAGAAGAAGCAGGAGAAAUCCAUCGAAGAGCUGGACGUCAGCGCUACGCAACCUGUACCUGCAACUGCACCUCCACCCGUUCCCAUACCUGUUGGCGAAGACACCACCGACUCCGGUCAGCCACCCGCUCCCCCCAGUUCCACGGUGACAACCAUCAGCACAGAAGAGCACAAGCCGGGCAGGCGGGCAUCCAGUUCCAGUCCAGUCACACACAACAUAGACGUGUCCGACUGCAUCCAGGUGCACAGGAACGAGGAGGAGUCGUCGAGUCCCAGCCCACCGCUGUACACCAUUGACGGAGAGUCUGGCUUUGUCCUGUUGCCCGAGACGAAUCCCCACCGCGAGGAGCUGCUGCGCCUUCAAAUUGAAUACGAUGAGCUGGUCGCCUUGCAGAAUGAGCUCAAGGCGCGCAUCAUGACCGAACGCAACGAAGUGUAUCGCUUGAAUCGGCUGUGCGAGAAGCAGCUGGCCAAACCCCAAGCGGCCGCUGGUUCACAGCCUCCAAAGGAGGCCGACUACGAGCGAAUAAUCGAGCACUAUAAGCGGGAGAAUGCACUGCUGGAGCACAAAAAGCAAAUGCUGGGCAAAGAGCUGAAGGAGGAGCGUCGAGCGUGCAUUGCCCUGCAAGUGGAGCUGCGACUGCAGCAGUUUUAAAUUUAUUAACCAGUCUAGUUUUACUCCUGUUCAAUCUCAAUGUGCGUUAAACGAACAAAAAGCUGAAAGAGGAUAGGUGUGGUGAGGAGAGGAGAGGAGAGUAGAGCAGCGUUGGGGGCCUGCAUAGCCCAGCAAGUGGAUGGAUGGAUUAUCAUAUGCAGCAAUUUUAAAUGUAUUAACCAUUGAAGUUUUACUUCAUUUCAAUCUCUAUAUGUGGCGUUAAACGAACAAAAAAGCUUACGUUCAAAUAAAAGCUCAAAUGUUUGAAUGGCGCGUCGACUUAAGUUGGCAGGGCGAGAACCACCACCAGCAGAGAGAGAGCCAGCAGAAGCCGCUAAUAGCCUUGCGUGCUUUGCUUGGCUUUUCGCGAAAGCUUCUUGCUCCAUUGGCUCUUGGGAUUUCGCUGGUGGCGUUGCUAAUUUGAUUGUGUUGUUUAAUAUAUUUCAUAAAUAAAUCAUCCGAAAAUGUUGAAGCAAGUAACCAGGCAAUUGGCCCUCCAGGGAGUGCGCAACUUCUCGGUCAGCCAGCAG